CCACUUAACCACACAUCUCAAGUAAUAAAACUGAAAGAAAUUAUAUUUAUCGAAAAAGAAAAGGAAGGAAAUAAUUUGGCGAGCUACAUAUACUUUGGGAGUGGACCGAAUGGAUGUGUUUGUGCUGGACCGAAUGGAUGUCCUCCUGUUCAGUAAUUGUCUCGAUUCUGGCACCAACGAUUUGUUCCUCUCCCACGGCCGUAAAAAGAGACAUAGUAACACAAUAGCCUCUUCUUCCAACGAUGCAAACAGUGAAGAAACACUUUCGGCAAUAAUUCGUGUUUUGGCAGAUGGGGAAAUGGAAGAAGAAGUUGAACGUUUUUAUAAUCAAACAUUGGAAGGAAAAAUAAUUAUUAGCAAUAAAAGCAGGAUUAAUGAUUAUUUGCCGGAGAAGGAGGUAAUUGACCAUAACCUUGUUUGUAUGGCAGAUUCAGUUUUCCUUUCAAUAGUGGCAUCUAUGUCUAUGAUUUGCCUUCUACUAUCAGCAUUAAUUGUUAUUUGGGGAUGUUAUUGGCUACAAACAGAAAAUAAAGAGAAUGAAAAUAGAAAAUCUUAA